CCUACAUUAGGAGCUGCAUGCGGAAGCAAAGGCUGUGUGAAGACAAGCUAGUGAAGGGGUUUUCCAUGUGAAAAACAAAGAAAGAAUUAUUUGAAUAUUAGCAAAUCCACAACUUCACAUUUCUAGAGAACCCAGGCACAGCCUUGGAGACAUUACUCCUAAGAGACUGCAUUUGUUGGAAGAUGAGCCCCAACUUCUAAAAAUAUAUCACUACCAGGAUUGAGAUACAAACAGCAUUUAGGAAGGUCUGAUCUGAGGGGCAGCUUCCUGCCCUCCUUCCUGGAGAUAAGUCCAGCUUUUGGUGAGAAAGACUUUCCCUGCCCUCUGCCAGGCCGAUGCCCAUGCUUCUGUGGCUGCUGCUGCUGAUCCUGAGUGAACAGAUGGACUACAAUGGGACCAGGGCCUCAGUUCCUAAAGCUCGUAGAAGAGAACAAUCAGGGGUAGCUCCAAAAGCUGUACUUCUCCUUGAUCCUCCAUGGUCCACAGUCUUCAAAGGAGAAAAAGUGACUCUCACAUGCAGGGGAAUAUCACAUUCCCCAGCCUACAGAGACACAUUUUGGUAUCGCAAUGAGAAGUUGUUGAAAAUGAAAUAUAACGCGAUCCAAAUUACGGAGUCUGGAAAUUAUCAAUGCAAGACCCGAGAAUCCUCCCUCAGUGAUGCUGUGCAUGUGGAAUUUUCAUAUGCCUCGCUGAUCCUGCAGGCUUCACAUCCUGUCUUUGAAGGAGAUAAUGUCACCCUGAGAUGUCAGGGGAAAGAAGAUGAAAACGCUCAUGAAAAGGUUUACUACAAAGAUGGAAAACAGCUUCCUAAUAGUUAUAAUUUAGACUACAUCAUAGUGAAUUCAGUCUCCAGGGAUAAUAGCAAAUAUCAUUGUACUGCUAAUUAUAGCAUACUUUCCAUAGUAUCAAUUAAACGAACUUCAAAAUACCUAAAUAUCCAAGUUCAAGAGCUGUUUCUACAUCCUGUGCUGAGAGUCAGCUCUUCCACGCCCAUAGAGGGGAGUCCCAUGACCCUGAUCUGUGAGACCCAGCUCUCUCCACAGAGGCCAAAAGUUCAGCUGCAAUUCUCCUUCUUCAGAAAUAGUCAGACCCUCGGAUCAGGCUGGAGCAGGUCCCCCAAACUCCAGAUCCCUGCCAUGUGGACUGAAGACUCUGGGUCUUACUGGUGUGAGGCAGAGACAGUGACUCGCAACAUCAAAAAAAGGAGCCUGACAUCUCAGAUACGUGUACAGAGAGUCCCUGUGUCUAAUGUGAAUCUAGAGAUCCAGCCCACCGGAGGGCAGCUGAUUGAAGGAGAAAAUAUGGUCCUUAUUUGCUCAGUAGCCCGGGGUUCAGGGACUGUCACGUUCUCCUGGCACAAAGAAGGAAGAGUAAGAAGCCUGGGUAGAAAGACCCAGCGUUCUCCAUUGGCAGAGCUGCAUGUUCUCAUGGUGAAGGAGAGUGACUCAGGGAGAUACUACUGUGCAGCUGACAACGUUCACGGCCCCAUCCUCAGCACAUGGAUUCAAGUCACUGUGAGAAUUCCGGUAUCUCACCCCAUCCUCACCUUCAGGGCCCCCAGGGUCCAGGCUCUAGUGGGGGACCUGCUGGAGCUUCACUGUGAGUCCCUGAGAGGCUCUCCCCCGAUCCUGUACCGAUUUUAUCAUGAGGAUGUCACCCUGGGGAAUAGCUCAGCCCCCUUUGGAGGAGGAGCCUCCUUCAACCUCUCUCUGACUGCAGAACAUUCUGGAAACUACUCCUGUGAUGCAGACAAUGGCCUGGGGGCCCAGCACAGUCAUGGAGUGAGUCUCAGGGUCACAGUUCCAGCGUCUCGCCCCAUCCUCACCAUCAGGGCUUCCGGGGCCCAGGCUGUGGUGGGGGACCUGCUGGAGCUUCACUGUGAGUCCCUGAGAGGCUCCUUUCCGAUCCUGUACUGGUUUUAUCACGAGGAUGACACCUUGGGGAACAGCUCGGCCCACUCUGGAGGAGGGGCAUCCUUCAACCUCUCUCUGACUACAGAACAUUCUGGCAACUACUCAUGUGAGGCUGACAAUGGCCUGGGGGCCCAGCGCAGUGAAGUGGUGACAUUCAGUGUUACAGGAACUUCCAGGAACAGAACAGGCCUUACCACUGCGGGAGUCAUGGGGCUGGUGCUCAGCAUCCUCAGCCUUGCUGCUGCUACUGCUGCUGCUGCUGCUGCUCUGCUGCAUUAUGCCAGGGCCCAAAGGAAACCAGGAGGACUUUCUGCCACUGGAACAUCUAGUCACAGUCCUAGUGAGUGCCAGGAGCCUUCCUCAUCCAGGCCUUCCAGGAUAGACCUUCAAGAGCCCACUCACUCUAAACCACUAGCCCCAAUGGAGCUGGAGCCAAUGUACAGCAAUGUAAAUCCUGGAAAUAGCAACCUGAUUUAUUCCCACAUCUGGAGCAUCCAACACACAAAAGGAAAUUCAGCUAAUUGUCCAACGAUGCAUCAAGAGCAUAAGGAACUCACAGUCCUCUAUUCAGAACUGAAGAAGAAACACCCAGAUGACUCUGCAGGGGAGGCUCGCAGCAGAGGCAGGGCCCAUGAAGAUGAUGAAGAAAACUAUGAGAAUAUUCCACGUGUAUUACUGGCCUCAGACCACUAGCCCCUUACCCAGAGUGGCCCACAGGAAACAGCCUGCACCAUUUUUUUUCUGUUCUCUCCAACCACACAUCAUCCAUCUCUCCAGACUGCCUCCUAUGACGCUGGGCUGCAGGGGAUGUGAGGCUGCGCAAAAGGUCUCCAAAUCUCCUCUGUGCCUGAGUCUGUGUGUUCCCUAGGAAAAGAAUGGGCAGCCUCUGAGCAAGCACUGUGUUAUUUUCACAGUGGAGACUCAUGGCAAGGCAAGAAGGCCCUCAGCUCCUAGGGCUGUCGAAUAGAGGAGGAGAGAGAAAUGGUCUAGCCAGGGUUACAAGGGCACACUCAUGACCAUUUGAUCCAAGUGUGAUUGAAAGCUGUUAAUGUACUCUCUGUAUAAACAAUUUGCUCCAAAUAUCGUUUCCUUUUUUGUGUGUGUGGCUGGUAGUGGCAUUGCUGAUGUUUUGGUAUAUAUGCUGUAUCCCUGCUACCCUAUUGGGAACAACCAUAAGAAGUUAUAGAACAAGAUUUUAAGGUGACUCUAUCUAAAGUGUAUUUUUGUACAUACAGGGUGACAUUCCCAAUCAAAUUACCCUUAGUUAUGAUGAAAAAUAACCUCAGCAUUUCAUUAAAGGCUCUGCUAGUUUAAUAUGUGACCUCUAUCCCUACUACAAAGACCUUAUGUGUAAAAAAUCACAUUAAUUGUAAUUUUUGCUUCAUGACAUAGUCUCAUCAUUUUCCAUACAUGAUAGAUUUCUAGUCAGUCAGUUUUAUUAUUAUAAAUAAAUAAUGUAAUGUCCUCCAUUACUACCAGCAAAGCCAGCUAAGCCACAGCUGCUGGCCUCAAAAAAUGUGAUGAUCAAUUCACACUGCUCCCACUGGCCUCUGUUACCCUUAUCCUGGCCUUUGAGAGCAGGGCACAAUGUCCUGCCUAUACUGAGAUGCUGAUCUCUGCCAGUUCGUGUUCAUAUUGGCAUUAAAAUUUUAAGUUCCCUUGAAGAGGGAGCAGGCAAAUGUCUCUGUCUUCUGUGUGAUACACUCUGCUGUUUUUUUCUCUAUGGUAAAAACAUAUAAACAGGUUUGUGUAUCAACCACCACACUGUACAUGGGGGCUCUCCUCCUUUCAAACCUUGCUGCUGAUUUGGAAUUACCUUGCCAGGUCCCUUUGUGCCUUAUAGUGAACUUUCUCUAAGGGACCUGUCAUCUUUUAUCAUUGUUUAUCCAUUUUCUAGAUUCUGAACCCAGGAAAGGACAAAGUUCAAGAUUUUCCAUGUCUUUGUAACACUUAACCCUGUUCAAAUCAGAGUAUGUGAGUGGAAAGAGGAGUGAGUCCUAACUGUACAUUUCAGAUAUAACAAAAGUGCAAAUUCUGAUUGCCCUGUAAAAUGAAUUAUUCUCAGCAUUGCUCUACUUGACUUUUCCGUUUGAAUUCACAACUAAAAACCCAUAGCCCAGAAAUCUAAAAAACAGUAAUUUUAAUGGAGCCUUUGAAAAUAAAAGACCAUUGGAAAAAG